AUGUCUACUCAACACAUUCAUUAUCAACCAACAACGCCACCGGCUCUUCCUCUUGAGGACUAUGUUGGCUUGAAUCAUAGUCGAAACCUGUCAAAUGCAUCACUAUAUUCAGAUGCAUCAUCGCCAUGGUCCACUGUGACAGGCAACACCAGUCCCGGCCUGUCUCCAAUUCGACACCAUCAUGGCCCGGCACUUUUACCAAAGACCCGGCCUCAAGAUGUGGUGAUUGAACCAGUAUCUGCCGGUGGUCCUCGUCGCCAAAGUCGGAUUUCGUCAACUUUAAGGAACCCGCCAGGCUUCGCCCCUUAUACCCUCAGUAGGCCUCGUACUCGGCGGAAUGAAGUGGAUGCGGGUGAUUAUAUGAGCCUGGCCUCUCCCAUUUCCCCAGUUGCCACGAUAAGCAAUGACAGCUCAUUUGCCUUGGCAUCGCCAGUGACCAUUGUUCAUACCCGUCAGCGUAAAUCUGCUGGUCACUCUCGCUCGAUGUCAACAUCUAAUAUUGACGAGGCCACCUUGAGUCGAUAUGGGUAUCCUACAUACCGGCAACUUCCAAAAUAUGUGCCCAAUAUGCAAGCGCAAACAACACCGACUACACCGGUGACUCCAGUGACCCCGAAUAUUGUAGUUCAUCAGCCACAACUGGAAACAUCGAUGAAAGUCCCCCACAUUGGUCCUGUGCGCCCUCAACGCCCAUUGACAGUUCCAACUCCUCGAUACUACUGCCAAGUGCCUACACCACAGAAAUCACCAGUACAUCUGCUAAGUCCUCAUGAAGCUCCCUCAUCAACAAACCUAUUUUCUUAUUUGACUACGACAACUCAAUCAAUUAAUCUUGUCCGCAACGUGAGCGUGAUUCCUACCAGGGGCAUGCACGACUAUUUCUGGUGGGACAUUCGCAACCUUCGAAACUGGUCAUCAUUCUCGCUCGCCACCUUUGAUUCGAUCCACGGGCUCACCAAACUAUUAAAAACGGAGAUCCCAGAAUCUCUCGCCCCGCCAGUUGCAGUCUCAUCUUCGCGUCUGGCACCAGAAUCAGAGCCUGGGCUAGUUAAUUUGAUCGGUGACCUCUAUGCACCACGGGUAAACGCAGCAGUAGCUAUAUCCCAAGGUCAGGAGCAUAUUCAACUCUACGCAGCACCUGAUAUGCGUCAUACAGGGCAUAAAAACCACGGCCACCCACACUUCCUCGCCAACUAUGCCACAGACACAGACUGUACGGGUAAUGGGCUUCCCCGAGGACGUUUGGUCGGCAUCGUGAAGAGCUUCGAUCGCUGGAAUUCCGGCAUGCGCAACGAGGCUCCCCACCGCCGCGUCGAGUAUCUAAAUGGACUGGCACACCUACAGAGAUGCAUGCGCGAGCACUCCUGCCGCUACGGCUUCAUAAUCACAGAGAUAGAGCUAGUCUGCGUUCGAGCUGGGUGCGACGAAGGCAACGACGUCCCAUACUUUGGAUUUCUGGAAAUAGCCGCUGCUAUUCCUCUUAAAACCGCUGCCACACAAGCAGGAGACGCACCUGCUCUCGCAACGCCCAUCAGCACACGCUCUUUCUCUUCAUCUUCCCAUGGCUCUUCACAUUCACAUUCAAGCUCAAAUUCCCGUCCUGAGUCUGACUCUCCAGCCUCAGAGUCAGAUACAGCCAAUGAUAGCUUCGCGGCUACCCCCAUGACGGCAAGCUUGGCUUUAUACUUUCUGCUCAUGCUGUCUAAGUCUGUGCCUCUUCCUUCUCAACCGUCCUCUCACCUCAACGUUGGUGGACCAGGCGCCCUCUCACGACAGCGUAUACUGCCAGAAACCAAGGACAAGUGGAUUCCCGAACCACAGAUUGGUGAACGGCGGGACGCUAAACGUGUUCGUGGAUGGGUUUGGCCACAGGAUUCAUGGCACAGGCGUGAAGGCGGUGGCGUCCGAACAACCACAAAUGCGGAGAUCAAAGCGAAGAAGUGGCAUAGAUAA